CGGGCUCCCGGCUCCUGCGGCCGCGCCCUGGCGGCGGCGCGCGCCCUAGCCUGGAGACCGACUUGGAGGCCCAUCUGGAGACCGAGCUGGCCCGGCAGGCAUUGCGCGGGCAACAUGGCGGCCCCCGGCGAGCGGGGCCGCUUCGGCGGGAACCUCUUCUCCUUCCUGCCCGGCGGCGCGCGCUCCGAGGUGGUGGAUGACCUGGUGACGGACGCGCGCGGCCGGGGCGCCGGGCGAAGAGAUGCCGCCGCUUCAGCCGGGAUGCCCUCCCAGGCCCCGGCCUCGGAUUCUCAGGUCGCCGAGGACGCCUCCCGGAGGCGGCCCUGCCGGGCCUGCGUGGACUUCAAGUCGUGGAUGCGGACGCAGCAGAAGCGGGACAGCAAGUUUAGGGAAGAUUGUCCUCCAGAUCGCGAGGAACUCGGCCGCCACAGCUGGGCUGUCCUCCACACCCUGGCUGCUUACUACCCCGACCUGCCCACCCCAGAACAGCAGCAAGAUAUGGCUCAGUUGGUAAAUUUAUUUUCCAAGUUUUACCCGUGCGAGGAGUGUGCUGAAGACAUGAGGAGGAGGAUAUGCCGGAACCAGCCAGACACACGCACCCGGGCACACUUCACCCAGUGGCUGUGCCGCCUGCACAACGAGGUGAACCGCAAGCUGGGCAAGCCGGAGUUUGACUGCUCGCAGGUGGACGAGCGCUGGCGAGACGGAUGGAAGGACGGCUCCUGUGACUAGACACCAGCCAGCCAGAGCAUGUGCGCGGCCUGACCAGAGUGGGUGGGGCUCAUUAUUAAAAGUACAUCAGAGCCAGAGCCUGUCUUGUCUCAGUUGGGUGGUCCCCAGGGCCCAUGGAGCCCUCUCUCAGGUUCAGAGUAGAAGUGGGGGUGCCCCCGACGGCCUCCCCCUCAACCCAGGCCCGAGGGUGCUGAAGGAGGCCAGGGCAGCCUAGGCUGUCCCUCCCUUUCCAGAUUCGGCCUCCUGCUCACCUGACACCCUGCUGCCAACUUAGGAAGGUGACCAGCCUGGCAGGGCUCCUCUGUUUUGCCAGGCCAGGCCCCUGUCCCCCACCGUGUAGCUAGGGACAGCUGGCAUGGCUGCAGUGUCCGCAGCCCGGGGCCUGUGCACUGCCAGCACUUCAGGAGAGAGGCCUGGGGGCUGAGCUCUGCUGCACACCUGCCAUGCAGCAUGUGGCCUUGCUCAGCUGCACCAGGCCUGUCGACGGCUUCUGUGGAGCUUGAGACCAAAAUAAAAUGCUGGAGAAGUGACUGAA